AGACGGAUGAGCUGUCGAGAGUCUUCGUUUUGGAGGGGUAUAAAAUAGUGUGUCAAGAUGGGGUCGGGGAGUCGCUUGGCAAACCGCCUGGGCUCUUGUUACUACUGUAAUAAAAGUUUCAUUUCUUUUUGCCAACAAAAACCUCGAGACUCAGACGUUUUGAAUUUUGCUGAAGAUGACUCCACAGCAUAUGUAGAGGCAGCUCCAGUAGUGGACACCUGGGCAUCAGGACUCAUACACCGUGCCAAGCGUUCCCUACUGUGGCGCUGGAACACGUUGAAGCCAGUCGGUGCAGGAUGUAGAGAUAAUUACGAGUGUGGCACAAAUUACUGCAGGAGAAACAUCUGCACAUUCCAGCCUACAUCUUCUUCAUCUUAACAAGAAUGACCUAUACUUCUCCUGAAAGAAAAUGAAACGAACAUUCUGGGAAACGAACAAAAAUGGACAUGUUUUUUGUUUGUUUUGGUUUUUUUUGUACAAUAACAACUCUAAUGAUAGAAAACUGGAAAAGAAAAAAAAAAACCUGACAAAAUAUUUGAAAUUUAAUUAAAGCACAGAAGCAUUA